GUUUGUUUUGCUGCGCGGCCGUCGCCGCCGCGGGCCCGGAGCUCAUUUGUGCCUGGCUGGUCCCCGCGCUCCCCGGUGCCGAGCCGGAGCCGUUGGCCGCUCGCGCGCUUGGCUCUCUCCCUUAGUAACAGCUCCCCUCCUGCCUCGGUGCUGCGCCCUGCCCCCGCGCCCCUCCCCCGCCGGACCCGCUGCCCGGCUGUCAGCGCCCGCACCCCAGGGCGCCUCGGGGUGCCGACGGCGGCCAGGAGGGGAGCGCCGCGCGUCCUGGAGGGGACAGCGUCGCCAAGCAGGAUCUAGGUGACCUGAGCACUGCUGUGACCAUCGCCCUGCAAAGGCUGUCCUGGUACUCUUGGUACCUGCCUCUUUACAAGCUUCAGUAACUUGUGAUUGGUGGUUGGCUAUCCAGUUGCACAUCCUCACAUCAAUGCACUGCCAAUGGGUUAUGUCCUGUGUUGUGACCUCAUGGUUUAAGUGGGAAUAAAGAUGAGUAUAAGCAGUGAUGAGGUCAACUUCUUGGUAUAUAGGUACUUGCAAGAGUCAGGAUUUUCUCAUUCUGCGUUUACCUUUGGUAUAGAGAGCCAUAUAAGUCAGUCCAACAUAAACGGUGCCCUGGUUCCACCCGCUGCACUCAUCUCUAUCAUCCAGAAAGGCCUGCAGUAUGUAGAGGCAGAAGUUAGCAUAAAUGAGGAUGGCACCUUAUUUGAUGGUCGACCCAUCGAGUCUCUGUCCCUGAUAGAUGCUGUUAUGCCCGAUGUAGUCCAAACAAGACAACAAGCCUACAGAGACAAGCUUGCACAGCAGCAUGCAGCUGCCGCCGCCGCCGCUGCUGCCGCCACUAACCAGCAAGGAUCUGCAAAAAAUGGAGAGAAUACAGCAAAUGGGGAGGAGAAUGGAGCACACACCAUCGCAAAUAAUCACACUGACAUGAUGGAAGUAGAUGGGGAUGUGGAAAUCCCUUCCAAUAAAGCGGUUGUGCUUCGGGGCCAUGAAUCUGAAGUUUUCAUCUGUGCCUGGAACCCUGUUAGUGAUCUCCUGGCAUCAGGGUCUGGAGACUCCACGGCAAGAAUAUGGAACCUCAGUGAGAACAGCACGAGUGGCCCUACGCAGCUUGUGCUUAGACACUGCAUACGGGAAGGAGGGCAGGACGUGCCCAGUAACAAAGAUGUCACGUCUCUAGAUUGGAAUAGUGAAGGUACACUUCUAGCAACUGGGUCAUAUGAUGGAUUUGCCAGAAUAUGGACUAAAGAUGGUAAUCUUGCCAGCACCUUGGGGCAGCAUAAAGGUCCUAUAUUUGCAUUAAAAUGGAAUAAGAAAGGAAAUUUCAUCCUAAGUGCUGGCGUAGAUAAGACCACCAUCAUUUGGGAUGCUCAUACUGGUGAAGCCAAGCAGCAGUUUCCUUUCCAUUCAGCCCCAGCAUUGGAUGUUGACUGGCAGAGCAACAACACCUUUGCAUCUUGUAGUACAGAUAUGUGCAUUCACGUCUGCAAAUUAGGACAAGACAGACCUAUCAAAACAUUCCAGGGCCACACGAAUGAAGUAAAUGCUAUCAAAUGGGACCCAACUGGCAAUCUGCUAGCCUCCUGUUCAGAUGACAUGACAUUGAAGAUCUGGAGUAUGAAGCAAGACAACUGUGUCCAUGAUUUGCAAGCACAUAAUAAAGAAAUUUAUACUAUUAAGUGGAGUCCAACAGGACCAGGGACAAAUAAUCCAAAUGCCAACCUUAUGCUAGCAAGUGCAUCCUUUGAUUCUACAGUUAGGUUAUGGGACGUAGACAGAGGGAUUUGCAUCCAUACUUUGACAAAACAUCAAGAGCCCGUGUACAGUGUGGCUUUUAGUCCUGAUGGCAGGUAUCUGGCAAGUGGUUCUUUUGACAAAUGUGUGCACAUCUGGAACACACAGACAGGUGCUCUAGUUCACAGUUACAGGGGAACAGGUGGAAUUUUUGAAGUUUGCUGGAAUGCAGCAGGAGACAAAGUUGGAGCCAGUGCUUCGGAUGGUUCGGUUUGUGUCUUAGACCUUCGGAAAUAGCGUUACUAGUUGGAAGCCAUGGACCGACUAUGAAUGUGUACAUAGCCACAAGACUAUCCCUGACCCAUAUACUGCUAUAGUCCCACUUGAACCAUGGCCAGUCCACUACAGCCAAAUCUAAGAGAAAUAUAUACAUGCAGUAUAUAUGAACACAGCUGUACCCUGAAGAUGACAGUCUCAUCCCAGCUUGUGAAUUCUGCACACCAAGUGCUGGGAUCUAACCUGCUGUGCCCCUAAUUAGCGUUUAGAAGUUUGGAUAUGAAAACCAGAAGAGAAGGAAUAUGCGUUAUAAGAGCAAACCACACAUGACCCAGUUUUGAAUAUUAAUGACAGCCUUGUCUCCCCCUUUGAAUCAGCAGACACCAUGGAUUAUAUUCUUUUUCCCCUCAGUAGUGCGCAGUUUGUAUGUACAGAGAACAUGGACUUAACAAAAGCUUGCGGCAGUAGUUGGUUCUUGCUUCCCAGUUUGUUUUGGUUUAGAUUAUGGAUGCAUGAAGUAAGGGAGUGAAUCAUUAUCUUGCUUUUUUUUUUUUUUUUCACCUUUUAAACAACAAAAAAAUUCUUAAAAAUAUUUUACUGCAUUCUUUGGAAGAGGUAGAUGUUUGGUACAUUUGAUGGCUCCCAGAGCAUAUACUCAAUAGGUGCAUAUUAUGGAGGGAAUUGGAAUAAUAGGAAACUACAUGACUUCCGUCAUGUCACUCUCUAAGACACAUCAGCAAAGGGUGUUUUGUUAUCUUUGUUUUGGGUUUUUUUGUUUUAGUUCUUUGUGUGUGUGUGUGUGUGUGAGAGAGAGAGA